CCCAACCCAUUCACAACACGGACGUGCCGACGGAAGCAGGGGUCGGUUUGCCUCCACACACUGAAGGGAAAUGGAAGACGCGCUAAACGCGCAGUCUCAUCACGGGGCUGACAACGGCGCCGCGGAGACGGACACCUGUGCCGUGUGCCUCGAUGCGAUCCACAACAAGAAAACUUUAAAAUGUCGCCACUCUUUCUGCAACGAGUGCAUCGACUUGGUCUUCCGAUCCAAGCCUGCUUGUCCGAUAUGCAACACCUACCACGGCGUCUACACUGGCACGCAACCGGAAGGAACGAUGACAGUGACGCGCAACUGGUGUAGCUUACCCGGCUUUGAGAACAGCGGUACCAUCGUCAUUCAGUACCACUUUCCAGCAGGAACGCAAGGGCCUGAGCACCCGAACCCUGGAGUGAGGUAUGCCGGCACACUUCGUACAGCCUUCCUUCCAGCCUCCAAGCAAGGCGAGAAAGUCCUAAGGUUGCUGAGAAAAGCCUUUGACAGGAGACUCGUCUUCACUAUUGGACGAUCUGCCACCACUGGUGCCAACAAUGCUAUCACCUGGAACGACAUACACCACAAGACCACCACGGAAGGUGGUCUGCAAUGUUUUGGAUAUCCAGAUCCCACCUACUUACAAAGGGUUGAAGAGGAACUUCGUCUCAAUGGUGUGGUGGAGGAUGACUGACCGCUGGAGAUCCGAGAUUCAGGAAAUGUCCUUUAACAUGUGUAAUGUAAAAAUGUAACAUGUGAUUUUAUCACAUGUUACAAUAUAUGUUGAAUGGCACAACUGGUCAAGAAAAAUGUGUCAAAAGUGCCUUAUUUCAAAGUUUGCACUUAUUGAUUUGCACGCAGUCCCUAUAUGACGUUUGCUCAUAACCAAUGCUAGACAAAAAUGGCACGAUGGGGAUUUUGUACAGUCUCAUUUACUGAAGUUAAUAAAAUGCAU